AUGAGCUUACCCUUCGCCGUUCUUGUGAUAUUGCUUGCUCCGAAUGUCGCUUCAACUGGCUCACCAAUUGGCUCAAUAAGGUUGAGCGAAGGGGAAAUCUGCGUUAACAGUCUUCAUGAGCCGACUCCAGAAGCCAGGCUUAUGCUGGUAUUUCUCUUUGGCUUGAGAAUGCAAUCACUUCAUAAAGAAGCGCGGUGGUGGUCGGAGAGUGCAUACAAAGCUCAACUAUGCCUUGCAGCUUAUAGUCCGAAGUGGUGUACUCCUGUUCCUUAUCAAGAACACGAAAGUGCUCAAGAUGUCGCCGAAAGUGCACUUGUCACGUAUGAGGUAAAUAUCACGCAGGUUAGUGAAGCUACACAUAGGAAAUAA